AUGGGCGUCCACGGCGUCCACGAUCUCCGAAGUGCGACUGGUCGUUGGCUGCACUGGACACAGGCUGCCGUGAGGGAUGAUACCGAUCUUCCAAAGGAGCUUCCAACGAAUUUCCAUCUGGAGGGGCCUAUCCUGUACUCCAGAGUAGGAUCAAACGAGGUGAAGUCGGGUUUUUUUGGCACAGGUGGAUGCUUCUUGCUGAUGGGUGGCAAAUGGAACGUGGUGGACGAUUUCAUGGACCUGACGCACUACACCGUUUCGGUCAUGGAGUGCAUGGUGUCCCUGUCUGCAGGGCAGGACACUGUGCUACGGCUCUAUCUGCGCAAUGCAGAGGAGGUGGAGAAGUGGUCGGAACUCAUUAAGUCCUCCAGCUAUUUGCGUGUCUCCGACGAGUACGUUGCGAACUUGAAAAACCACGUCCAAAAGCAGUGCAAGGCGCAAAGGAGCCGCAGCCUCGCCGCAGCCUUUGGCGCCUUUACCCAGAGCAUCUGCGCCCCAAAACCCACGAGGACUUCGGUGAUGGAAGAGCAAGCGAAGCUGAAUCGAUCGUUGUCCAUGCGAAUGUUGGAGGGCGCCGAAGUGUCGUUCCUGGGCCGCUUCUACUUGAAGAGUGCAUGGACCGAGGGCAAGGGGAGGAUCUGUAUCCACGGCGACGCACUGAUCUUGGAGAGCUUGAAACGGGGGGAGAUGCAACACAUUUCCAUUCCAUUGACAGGCGUCACCUGCACCACAGCCUCCUUUAUGAUUUCGGUGAGAGGAUCGAAUGGCUUGGCUUUGCUGCGCCUUUGGGUGGACAAUGCGGAGGAAGCCGAACAGUUGGCCCAGAAGAUCAUCGCCACGGGCAAGACGUCCAGCGAAAUGGUGCAGCGCAAGAUUCUGCCCAGCUCAUCCACUGCCAGGCGGCAAUUGGGACGUGCUGCCGAGAGCUUGUGCAAUUGCACCAUGCAGGCGCCACAGAAGUUCCGGAACACCUUGGUGCCCAAAGGGCUCAGCUGCUGGCAAAGGCCCCCGAAGAGGCCCGAGAAGAGCGGAGAGGCAGCCUACGCCUUGGACGGCCGCUGCGCCAUCUUGCGCGCCAAGACGACGGAUGUUCAAGCCGUUCACUGCACUUUGCGCGGGGAUGCGUUGUGGUUCGGGGUCAAAGCAGGUGCAUGUGAUAAGGUCAUGAGCGUGGUGGGCGCCUCUGCGACCGCCACUGAAAACAUGGUGAUGAUCAAAGCGCGUAGCGGCGAGGUGCACAGGCUGUGGCCUGAGAAGGGCAGUGGCUCGCCGCAACAGUGGUGCGAUGCCAUCAAGGCGGCGGGACAGUUGGCCAAGGAUUUGGGCAAGUGGGACGCCAUGAAGCGUUCGGUCUUUCAUCAGGAAAUUGCGCAUGAGAAGGGCCGGGAAGUGGCGCGCAGCCGGCGCUUUAGGAUUGCCGCGAAUUGCAUCACCAGCACUUUUGGAGCCAUGGCAGGUUUCGUGUGCCCCGAGCGGCAUUCUGCCACAGAGGCGAUCUUGAAGUGGCAAGCUGCCUCGGUGUUGCCGCGCGAGGUUGUGGCGAACGAGGAGGCCUACCCCAGUUGCAAGGCCAACUUCUUCCGGCGCACGGACGGAGGCAAGGCACAGCCCAGGACCCUGGAAGUUCGGGGCGAUGUGAUGUUCGUCUUCAACGACCAGGGGCAGAUGGAGAAGCCUGUGAUGCUUGAAGGCUCCAACAUGUUUGUGAACCUGGACAAGUACCCAGUGGUCUCCGUUUGGAUUGAGGGUGUGAUGCAGGCACGCAUGUUCAUGCAGACCGAAGAGGAGGCAGAGCGCUGGGGCAAAGCCUUGGAGAAGGCCAGCAAGUUGUCAGCGGAAGCGGAAGAGGCUGCAACGGCUCGAGAGAAGGCUGAGAGCAACUUGCGGCGCUCCAUGUCGCUGACCUCCAACACAUCUGUGAAGGCACCCAAGAAGUUGUCCAGCGAGGAGCACAGCGCUUCCCAGAAGGUGGCUCGGGCCCGUUCUCGACGCUUCAUUGAGCAGUCAGCAGAAAUGCCACCGGAGCAGGCGGUGGGCGCGCGAGAGGAGCCUGUGUCGCAAUUGCCAGGCCAGAUGCUCGGGAGUGGAUUGUCCAAUCCAAGUCCGGAUUAUAGCGCAUCCACCGGCUUGUCUGGAUUUCCCAGUGUCCGCGACAGAAGCCUCUCGCCCGGCUUGAAGCUUCAGAGUCCGGACGCGACGAUCAGUUCCCCAAAACCCAGCUAUGGAAGCUUUGGAUAUGGCGCGACUCCGGGCUCCUUGUCUCCCAGAAGCAUGACCGGAGUGGGACAGGAGGGCGCCACAGAGGUGCAGCGCCGCGCCGCGGAGUGGGAGCGGCAGAUCGAGCACCUGGACGCCAAGGAACUCGAGAUCCAUCAGACGCAACUUCGUCUCAUCCGGGAACAGACGGCGGCCUUUCGUUCCGACUUCGCGGCGCUGCGGAAGGAGCUCCAGGACAUGAAGGCCUCCGUUCAACAACAGCAGGCCAACAGCCAGGAGCAAAACGCCAGGUGGGACGAGCUGAUCACCAAGGAGAAGCAGGACAACGAGACCCGGAUCUCCAAUUUGGAGCGGGACACGCAACGGCUGCGCGAUGACACACAACUGUUGAAGCGCGAGCUGCGUGGCCAGGACAUUUCGAGCCUCCUGCAGACCCACGAUGCGGAUCUGAAAAGUUUGAAAGACGCGCAUAGUGACCUGAAGAGCGCGCAGAGUGCCAAAGAUCAGCACCAUGCGUCGCUUCAACAGCGGGUGGAUUACUUGGAAAAGAUCAUGGGCGACUCGGCGGACAAGCACACGGCUCACAUGAAGAAGCUGGAGGAGCUGCAGAGCCAUAGCGAGGAUCACAAAGGUCGACACGCAGAGAUGGCUGAGCACGUGACCCGCCUCAAGCAGGAGAAGGAGUCACUCUCCAAGCGUCAUGCCAGCUUUGAGGAACGCAUGCGAUUCCUGGAGCAAAGCCUGGGCGAUUCUGCGGAUCGACAUCAUAAGGAGUUGAAAGCUCACAAAGACACUCAGAGCCAACAACACGCUGGCUUGGAGGAACGCAUGAAGUAUCUGGAGAAAGUCCUGGGCGAUUCCGCGGAGGAACACGCCAAGCUGCUGGCGAAGCAGAAGAAGGACUUGGAGGAUCACAAGCAGAGCUUUAUGAAUCACCAGAGGGACUUUGACGAUCAUCGCAGCCAGCUGAAGAGUCAACAGGCUAUGGUGGAACGUCAUGCCACCCUGGAACAGCGGCUGGAUUUCUUGGAACAAACCAUAGGAGAUUCAGCCCAACACCACAUGAAGCAGCUGCAAGCACAUAAGGCUGAUUUGGAUCAGAAGCACCAGGCUCAUUCCUCCCUGGCGGACCGUGUGGAGUACAUGGAAAAGUGGUUCAGUGGUCUUCCAGGCUUUUCACCACCUGAGAGGUUGUCCCUGCCAAGCCGCAGCCCCUUCGUGCCGGAGAUGCCACGCAGCCCGCCGAAGCUGAGCUUUGGGCAGUUUCCGGAGACGAUUCACUUGACCCUGCGCGUCUUCGAAGAUUUGUAUCGCUAUUCCGGGGGGGCUAAAAUGCCCCACGAACUGGACAUGGGCGUGACUCCACCCUGCACGUGGAAAAUGGAACACUGCGUCAUGCGCCCUGCGAACACUGCGCGAACACUGCGCUCCGCACAGCGCGAAGCGCACGCUCACCGCACUCGGAAAAUGUCGAGAAUCGAGUUUUUUUUCAUCAAAGACCAUGGCAUCAUCCCAGUAGCCAAGUUGGUGCGUGCCAAAGCUGCACGCCCUGGGUCUGCCAUGAGCGCGGAGCCGCGUGACAGGUCGCGCGCAGCGCAACUGAAACUCAUGCUGCGUCAGCAGGAAGACUUGGAUGUGGUCUUGCUUCUGGUGGCAUGGUAUGUCUGGCGAGAGAGGGUGGCAUGGCUACAGACCUCACUUUGGUGGAAGCGUACCUCAGGUCGCGACUGCUUUCUUCAGGAAGUGCUGCAGCACUGGCGGAGUGCCGUGCCGCUGAAGCGGCAGGAGGCGAUCGAUGAGCAGCUCAUGUCGCUGCGGGGGAGCAUGGUGCAAGAUGCCAAGGCAACGGACCGGGUGGCGGAAAAGGUCGAGGAGCAUGGCACCAAAGUCCUACAUCAGUUGCAGGAGGCUUUGCAGAAGAAAGAUGCGCAGACUUGGAGGCGGAAGGUCUUCCAUGCCUGGCAGCAGUGUGCUGCUUCGAGGCAUCAGAACUUCGGCCACGUGCGGAGGGCUCGACAUCUGCUGUGCAGACGGCGAGCCUUUGGAGCCUGGCGUCAGGCGCUGGAGAAUCGCGAGCAGAGAGGCGCAGCGCGGCUCUUCCUGAAGUUCAAGUUGCUACACCAAGGGAGCUGGCAGAAGGAGCAGCUGCACGUGAUGCUUCUGCGCUGGUUCAGCCUGGUACAACGGCCCAGGCGCCGUUUUGGUGCUGAAAGGCCUUGGCAAAGAGCCUGGCAGUUGCUGGCGGCUCAGCAAAUCCUGGCCACAGAUCAACGGCUGCUGCUGAGCCAUGUGCUGCACGCGUGGCGGGCGGUCAAAACUUCCGCGCGUGGAAGUGAGAAGCUGAAGACGCUGCAAAAGAGGCCAGAUUUCGGUGCCUCUGAAAAAGGUGGUUUCCGGUAA